AUGGCGGAAGCCAAUCCACUUCGGGGUUUUCCUCGGAUCCGAAGGACUGGGACGUCCUUCCCAGGUAACCUCCACCUGAUCUUGGUGCUGAGGCCCACCAGUCUCCUGCAGCGCACCACCCCGUCCGGCACCACCGACAUCGGCUUCAGGUUCAGCCAAGAUGACUUCGUCAUCAAGAUGCCCGUCAUCUCUCUCAGCUCAGUCUCUGACCUGCUGCACUUCCUGGAUGAGAACCACCUGACACCUGAGUUUGACGGCAAACUGCAGUACUGCAACAGCGAUUGGUUUGUCUUAAAAACGGCCAUUGAGAGCUUUGCGGUGACGGUGAAGGAGAUAGCCCAGCUGCUGCAGUCGUUUGGCACGGAGCUGGCGGAGAUCGAGCUGCCGGACGAGGCCAACGCCAUCGAGUACCUGCUUACCGCUCACACAGACAAGUACCGUCAGAUGAAGGACGAGAUCCGCACGGUGAUGAAGGAGGGCCGUCAGCUGCAGACCAACCUGGAGUCCGCCAAGCCACCAGAGGGCAACGCUGCGGCCGAGAAGGAUGCCGAUCAGGACAAGGCCACUGUGCGGAGACUCUUGGCCCAGUUACGGGACAUGGAGUUGGCCUUUGAUGAGUUCUUUGAGAAGCAUCACCUCAAGCUGCAGCAGUACCUCCAGCUGCUGCGAUACGAGCUGAGCUUCCACGAAAUGGAGCUGGUGCUGGAGCAGCUGACGGCUCAGGAGAGGGCCAUCCCCUCUGUGGGGGUGACCGUGGGACAGACGGAGCAGCUGCUCGUGGACCUGGAGGGCCUGGAUGCUCGCGCAGAGGACGAGAUGAGUCGUGCCCAGAUCAUCAUCCUGCACGGCCAUCAGCUGGCCACCAGUCACCACUACGCCCUGGCCCUCAUCGUGCAGCGCUGCAACGAGCUGCGCCACCACUGCGACGUGCUCACCACCUCGCUGCGCGCCAAGCGGGCAUCGCUCACGCGCGCCAGGGACCUGCACAUCUGCCUGGACGAGGUGACGGCGUGGUGUGACGAGGGGGCCUACCUGCUGGCCAAUCAGCUGGUGGAUAAGUUCCAGUCCAAGGAGGGGGCCCAGCUGUCUCUGCUGGACCUGGACAGGCUGCUGGAGAGGGCCCCCUCUGUCCUGCGCUCCAGCCCCGACAGACUCAGCCUCGAGUUCCAGGCUAUACUGACGCCACAACUGGAGUGCCAGAUCAACUCGGUGGCCGACAAGUUGUCGGUGGUGCGUGCCAUGAUCCAGAACCGGCAGGCGUGCCUGAGGAAGCUGGCGGACGUCCAGGUGAGGCCCAUACAGCCGGUGGCCCCGCGGCCGGAGAACCCCCCACGCUCCUCAACGUCAUCCUGCCUCACACGCUCGCCCGUCUUCUCCCCAAAGCAUGGAGUCGACUUAAAUUCCACCCUGAAGUUCUCCUUUGAUCUCUCUUUGCCUGGGAAGAGAGGGUCGCGGAAAGGGACGAGCACAAAGAAGAUUGAAGUCAUGCAUGAGUACGAGGAGAACAGGAACUUGUUGGAGAACAGGAACUCUGUGUCUGUGUCCUCGCUCAGUUCAGAUGGAGAAGAGAAGGAGAAUCCACUUCAAAAGAGACGGCAUGUGAUCAAGGAGCUGAUAGACACUGAGAGGGUCUACGUGGAGGAGCUACUCUCUGUGCUGCUGGGCUACAGGGCGGAAAUGGACAACCCAAACCUGUCCACCCCUCUACCUGCAGUCCUAAAGAACAAGAAAGACGUGCUGUUUGGAAACAUGUCAGAGAUCUACAAUUUCCAUAGCCGAAUUUUCCUCCAAGAUCUAGAGAGCUGUCUGGAAUGCCCAGAGAAAGUUGGAGCCUGUUUCUUGGAGAGGACGGAGAACUUCAAAGUCUAUGAGCGCUACUGUCAGAACAAGCCUCGCUCUGAGUCACUGUGGAGGCAGUGUGCGGACUCUGCCUUCUUCCAGGAAUGUCAGAAGAAACUUGACCAUAAAUUGAGAUUAGACUCCUACCUUCUAAAACCUGUCCAGCGGCUGACCAAAUACCAGCUUUUACUUAAGGAGCUGCUGAAGCACAGUGCCAACUCUGAUCACGCCAGCGAACUGCAGGGGGCGCUAAAUGCCAUGCUGGACCUCCUCAAAGCUGUCAACGACUCCAUGCACCAGAUCGCCAUCACAGGAUAUGAGGGCGAGCUGAGCGAGCUGGGCCGCGUGGUGAUGCAGGGCUCCUUCAACGUGUGGAUCAGCCACAAGAAGGCGUCCACGCGCAUGAAGGACCUGGCGCGCUUCAAGCCCAUGCAGCGGCACCUGUUCCUGCACGAGCACGCGCUGCUCUUCUGCAAGAAGCGCGAGGAGAACGGGGAGGGCAACGAGCGCACCUCCUCCUACAGCUUCAAACACUGCCUACGGAUGAAUUCAGUGGGCAUCACGGAAAACAUCAAAGGAGACAACAAGAAGUUUGAGCUGUGGUACAGUGGCAGAGAGGAGGUUUACUUAAUCCAGGCUCCAUCCAUGGAGGUGAAGGUGGCCUGGGUGACAGAGAUCCGGAAGGUUCUGGCCAGUCAGAGACUAGCUCAAGAUGAAAGUCAUACAUGCGUGGUGGCAGAAGGGGUAGUCGACAGUCUGGCACGUGUGUCCGUGUGCAUGCCCUGGAGCCCCACCCAGAUCGCCGGCUGCUCAGCUUGUUUUGAUGUCCUUCCUCACAGCAAGCUGCAGGGGGCCUCGCUGAGCUCCGAGGAGACCGAGUCGGGCCGCACCAGCCCGGUUCUGACGGACCCCGUCAUCUUCUCUCCGCGCCGUCGCCAGCAGAAUCGUCGCAGCUGGCCCGGUACCUCCAACUCCGUGGAUAUCUGUGAGGGCCUAGAGGACUGGACCACUGACCUGUCCAACCUGUCAGAGUCCGAUGAGGAGGAGGAGGCCAACGCACUGGUCCCAGGGCGUUACAGAGCCAUGGUGGAGGGCCAGCAGAAGGGACCCGACGACCUGAUCAUAAAGAGUGGAGACGUGCUCCAGCUGGUCCGCGAGGAAAAAGAUGGCUUAUGGCUGGUGAGGAACAUCACUAAGGGGGAGGAGGGUCAUGUGGCGUCCGACAGCCUGCAAAGGAUCCUGGGCCAGACCGGUUAUUUCACCCGCCAGGGCGGUGAGUGCAGUGACAGAGUGGUGAGUGAGCAGCAGGGACUGGCUUUACAAGGCUUACUGCCGGGGGUGUCAGCAUUCCAGCCAGUUGAAAGCCAGUGACUGCAGUAUU